UUUUUGGCAGAAGGCCUUUAUAGCUGAUGCAGGAACUUUCUCAUUAGUUACUCAUUGCCUCAGCAAGUCUCAUAAAACAGACAGCAGGACCCAGCAAAUACUUUUCUUCAGUGUUCUGGGAGCUCAGAAAUCCAGGAAUUAAAUGAGGCCUUGAACCCAUUUUAUGGACUCACUUCUUACUGAGCUACCAUAAAAUAUUAAAAUCCAGACCUUAUAAAUACGGAGAGGAGAGCGCUGCACGUUUCUUUUCAGAAGCAGCCUCUCCAGGGACACUUCCCAAGGCACCAUCCAGGCUCCUCGGAGAUGGCACAGAAAAGCAGCCUCGUGGUCCCCUGUGCAGUGCCUGUCCUCGUGGUUUGCUUUUUGGCAUGCGUAGCCACAGGUGUGGAACUGUCUGUAAAUAACCACGCUGCUGACUUCACCCUGUCCACAUCGUCUGGGACUCCCAUCUCCCUCUCCUGCCUGGUACAGAACAGCAGCCAGGCCGAGGAGCUGCUCUGGUACCGAGGAGAUGGUAAAGUGGAUCUGAAAGAAGGGAAUAAAGUGAACAUCAGCAACAUCUGCAUCUCCCCGGCCACCGCGACCGACAAUGGCGUCACCUUCACGUGCAAGCUGAUGCGGGACCAGUCCGUCAAGGUCUCGGUGAUCCUGGAUGUCCAAUUUCCUCCCAGCGUGACUGAAGACGAGACCGUCAAAGCCGAAGAAGACAAAGAUGUCACUCUGACCUGCAAUGCCAAAUCCAACCCGCAAGGCCAAGCAGCCUGGUACAGGAACAACACCAUCCUGACCCUACAGCAAGAUCGCUACCAGGUGUACCAGACUAGCGAGGUCUUCCAGCUCUCGAUCACGAAAGUACAGAAGUCUGACAACGGGACCUACACCUGUGAGGUGAAAUCCUCUUUGGGAAGUGGGAGAAAGAAUGUCCACCUGAUAGUUGAAGAUAAAAAACCUGUUUUCCCCAAGGAGGCUGUUAUCGCUGCUGUGGUGGUGGUUACACUCACCGUGCUUUUUGGAAUUGUGGCUCGAAAAGAUACAAUUUGUAAGUGCUUCAAAAGAUCAAGUGAAACAGCUCUGUAAGAAUCACCAAGUUCCCGUGCACACCCACAGCUUCUAGCGGUGGAACACAAACCCCUGCAAGAGAUGAUUAAAUGCUGCAAUGAGACUCGGGGCUCGAGUUCCUGUGGUCUUUUUGAAAUACAAAUACUUCUUCACGGC